AUGUUUAUUCGUAAUAUACAAAUAUUUCGUUUAAUAUAUAAACAAAAUCUAUAUAGAUUUUUUUCGACAACAAAUAUUUGUUUUGAUUUUAAACAAGAACAAAAUCAAAUAUUGAAUAAAAAACUACAAAAUGAUAUUCUUCCUAUUGAAAAUAAUUUACCUAGUUUAGCUAAUUUACCUUCAUAUUUACCAGAACCAACUGGUGUUAAAUCAAAAUUAUUUAAUGAUUUCUAUUUAAUAUAUCGUUUUGGUUUUCUUCGAUCUAUGAGAUAUAUUCAAAUUCUUAAACUUUCACAAACAUUAGCAACUGUUCUCUUAGCUCCAUAUCAAAUUUAUAAUUACAAUGAAGGUUUAAUAACAUUAUUCGAACUUCAAUUUUCAUUAUUUCUUGUAAGUCUUGCAUCAUUUAGUCUUUAUUUAUUUGGUUGGCUUGCAACACGAACAAUUUGUUAUAUAUAUACAAAUGUUGAAUGUGAUCGUGUUAUUUUAACUCAUGUUGAUUUUUGGGGUCGACGUAAAAAUAUUGAAUUAAAUACACGUGAUAUUAUACCAAUAAAUGAUAUUGAAACUCCAAAUAAAACAUUUUUACCAUUUAAACGUUAUUCAACAAUAAAUACAAUGUAUUAUUCAAUACAAUUUGGUAAAAUACUUGAUCGACCAAGAUUUAAUCGAAUAUUUGCUGGUAUAAUAACACAAGAUAUGAAAAAUUGGUGGUAG